AUGAUGGCGAGCGUGCAGAACGAGAUGACAUUCCAGUAUGUCGGUCAAGAUGCAGAGGCCCAGUUGGGCGCCACAAGAAGCGAGCUAUUGGGCUUGAACGACGGUACAGCGGUGCUUUACGAAGGCCAACCCGAUUGGGUGUUUAUUGACAAAAGACGGGAUGACCUGAUGAUCGCCUUUCCUCAAGAGCAAAUCGAGGUCAAUCGUCUCUUGGGACAACUUCGAAACCAAUUGCGCGAUCAAGUUUACGACCAUCUCUGGAAUGAGGACGCGAUCGAUCUCGUUGACGGGCAGCUUGAACUACCCUUCAACAACGUUCGAGACGAACGUCUCUCCCACGACUGGGUUCUUCAAGCACCUUUCUUCGCUGACGCGAGCAUUGUCGGAGAAUCUUUUGCACGAGAAGCGGCAACAUACUUCUUCCGCAUGUUGACAGACAACGAAGUCGACUACCAUAUACUACAGGCUUACCUGCGCAUUAAUUCGUUUGGCAACAUAAGCCUACACCCUGGAGAGAUCAUACGUCGUCUCAGGAUCGACGUCUCUUAUCAGUCUGACCCUUAUAGCUUUGCAUACGCGGACCUGAAGCGCAACCUAGAGAGCCUCUUGGAUCUAUCAGUACGGAACGACUUGACCGUCGAAGUCUUCCUCGAUCGAGAACUACAGUUUAGCCGCAACUUCUUCCACAUCAUGGACAUGAUCAUGCCCAUUUACCAGAUCCUCGUGGAGAAAGGCGUGAUGAUCAAGGUAUUGGGCCAUCGCUUCUUUACUCCGAAGUGGCGGCAGGACGUAGAGAAUACAAAUGAAGCCGAACAAAAGCGAUACAUCACUACAGCGGAGAUGCUCAACUACUACUUCGAUGGCACCACAGAAGAGUGGUUCACGAUGAAAGAUACUGAGAUUGCUUCGAUCAAGAACCCGAGGCGCAGGCAGAGAUGCCACGAGGUCCUGGAGGUCAUGCGGCACAAUUUCAGAGACGCUGGUGUUCUCGUAUGGGAUGGAGCAUCGCCACGCGUAACUUGGCCAGAUGAACCUCUGCCCACAUACACUAGACCGGCAGGUCUUUUCGAACGAUAA